AUGAGGUCUAAUUUAACUUUUAUCGCUAUUUUGUUAUCAAUUGCAUUAUUUGCUCAAUCGACUGUAAGUUUACCGUAUACAUCAGAAAAAUCUGGUAAACCUCGUAAUGGUACAUCCGAAGGAAACAAUACUCCUUCUAAGGGAAACAAUACUCCUUCUAAGGGAAACAAUCCUUCUUCUAAAGGAAACAAUCCUCCAGUAAACAUCCAUGGAGUGCUGCCUGAAAAUGGAAAUGUUAAAGGAAAUGUUAAAGGAAAUGAUAACGGAAAGGGUAACGGAAAGGGUAACGGAAAGGGUGACGGAAAUGGUAAAGGAAAUGGUAACGGAAAGGGUGACGGAAAUGGUAAAGGAAAGAGUAAAGGAAAGGGUAAAGGAAAGGGUGGCGAUGGAGAUAAUCAUGGAUUACCUGUACAUGGUCACGAAGUGCCCAUUUUAUCCAAUCAUGGAAAUGGCAAUGGAAAAGACGGAAAGG